AUGCGGCCCCCAGGUUACCGCCUUCUUCCUCAUUCAAUCAAACAUAAGGUAUUUCCCAGAGGCCUUCCUGAGGAGUACUCUGUAGCAGCUACGUUUCGUGUGCGACGAAGCACCAAAAAAGAACGGUGGUUUCUGUGGCAGGUUUUAAACCAGCAGAAUAUGCCACAGGUUUCUUUAGUAGUUGAUGGUGAGAAGAAGGUGGUGGAAUUUAUGUUCCAAGCUGCGGAGGGAGACGUGUUGAACUACAUUUUUAAAAAUCGAGAACUCCGGUCUUUGUUUGAUCGUCAGUGGCAUAAACUUGGCAUUGGUAUACAAUCCCGAGUCAUUUCACUUUAUGUGGAUUGUAAUUUAAUUGCAAGCCGACAGACUGAUGAAAAGGACACUGUGGAUUUUCAUGGAAGGACCGUUAUUGCCACACGAGCUUCAGAUGGCAAGCCUGUGGACAUCGAACUUCAUCAACUUAAAAUCUACUGCGAUUCAAACAUCAUUGCUCAGGAAACAUGUUGUGAAAUAUCAGAGACUGAGUGCCCAGAGCAGGAUGGCUUUGGAAGUACUGCAUCAUCAUCAGUAGCAGCUCAUGCCAGCAAAAUGUCUGCGUAUCUGCCAGCAAAGCAGGAACUUAAAGACCAGUGCCAGUGCAUUCUGAACAAGGGAGAAGCAGGAUUACCAGGAGCUUCUGGUUCACCUGGACAGAAGGGGAAUAAAGGAGAGCCGGGUGAAAAUGGUUUACAGGGUGCUCCAGGCUUACCUGGCCAAAAGGGAGAGCAUGGUUUUGAAGGCAGCAAAGGAGAAAUUGGUGAAAAGGGUGAACAAGGAGAAAAAGGUGAUCGUGGUCUUGCCGGCCUUAAUGGACGAGAUGGUUUGAAAGGUGACUUGGGUCCUCGUGGUCCACCUGGCCCAAAAGGAGAAAAGGGAGAUAUGGGACCUCCAGGACCACCACCACUAACAGAACUUCUUAGAGAGGCCAGGCUCCCUAUUAAUACCUAUGAUUUGGUUCCUGAUUACUUCAUUGUAGAGGAUGAGCUUCCAUCUCCAGGUUCACAACCAACAAGCAAGUUCAACAACAAUCCUUCCUUGAGCAGGACCACAAGUUUUGGCAACUCCAGUACAUGGAAUUCAGAGACUGUCUAA